CGUCACAAAGUGGACACACCAACGCUUGUCUGAUCUCUACGCCACCAGUCAAGAUGUUAUGUGGAUGUUUUUCAUCAUUAUGUCCCAUUAAAUUAAUAGUGUUGGGAUGAUGUUCUUAUUUUCUACAACGUAAAAUUGUUAAAAUUUGGCCAUGAGGUUGACAAAAGUCCUCAAUGUUGAACUGUUGACCGCCAUAAAACGAUACAGUGGAUAUCAGCAGUUUCCUCUGACGAUUGAACAGUUCACAUCAUUCGGGAAAAAUGGUUCUCAUCUUGAAUCUUUCCAUUUUUGCCGUCACCAAAUGCCUGUUAGAUUAGCACACAUAAUUCGUGAAAUCAACCAUCUGCCUGUCAACUUACUUAAGAUGCCAUCUGUUGAACUUGUACAAAGCUGGUACCAUCAGAGUUUUGAAGACUUAAUAGAUUUUGGAAAGAUCCGUGGGAAAAAUGAAAUUGAAAUGGCAGAAAAAUUUGAUCUGGCUUUGAAGAAAAUCCGUUCUCGUCAUGACACAGUUGUUGAAACUAUGGCUCAGGGGAUAAUAGAACUAAAAGAGAGUCAUGGUAAAGAUGCUUUGCAUCCUUCUAUACAGUAUUUCUUAGAUCGAUUUUACAUGAAUCGUAUUGGAAUCAGAACCCUAAUUACACAACAUUUGUUAAUUUGUGGCGAGGAGGCGGGAAAAUCAAUUACGAACUGGAUUGGUUGUUUUGAUGAAGAUUGUAGUAUUGCGUCAGUUGUUCUUGAUGCAGCAUCAAAUGCAAGAUUUUUAUGUGAACAAGUUUAUCUAUGUUCACCUGACGUCAUCAUUGAAGAACAUAAUGCGACAGAGAGUGAAACUCACACACCAAUCAGAACGACUUACGUACCUUCCCACCUCUAUCAUAUGGUUUUUGAAUUACUCAAGAAUUCCAUGAGAGCUGUGGUCGAACAGAAUGGCGAAGAUCGUUUGCCUGAGGUGAAGGUUUUAAUUACAAAAGGAAAGGAGGAUCUUACGAUUAAAAUUUCAGAUCGUGGGGGAGGAAUUCGAAAAAGCGAACUUGAAAAGUUAUUUUUAUAUCAUUAUACGACGGCACCACAGCCUGUAGCAACAGGAGACGUACCAGCUCUUGCGGGCUAUGGUUACGGUUUACCUUUAUCGAGAUUAUAUGCAAAGUAUUUUGGUGGGGAUUUACAAUUGUUCUCCAUGGAGGGUUUCGGCACAGACGCACUUAUAUACAUCAAGGCUGUGAUGGGCGAAGCCACAGAAGUGCUACCGCUGUACAACAAACGAACAUCGCAGACAUACUCUGAAGUGAAACAAUCCGUAAAUCAAAUGAAGGAUUGGUCUUCAUCUAGUUAUUACGACGGACAUGGACACGGUUAUCUCAGAGGAAAUGCUUACAACGUUCGACGUUUUAGUACUACAGUAUAGUGGUACAUGCACCUGAGAAAUAUAUAAUAUACGUAUACACUGGGGGAUCUUAAUAUAGUUUUACUACUAACAAUAAACUUAAUGUUUAGCUAUCCAUUUCAUGUACAUAAAGGUUGAAGCAGACAUUUACCAUUGAAAUUACAAUAUUUAUUCCGCGUCAAUGCAUGUAUGCACACCAAGUGUUGUCAAUGAUUCGUGUUCACUGUUUUGCCGUCGGAUGCGUGACGGAGGAUCGAUAUGUUCAAAAUGUGCAUGCAACUGCAAGUUAUUCACCUAAAUCUUUCUUAAACUUAGAUAUUUUUACUCAAAUUACUGCGGGAACAAUCCCGGAAACUUGGAAAACUCCUUAAUGUCCCGUGCACCGGGCUAAAGUCUAAUAAUCAUUAAUAAAAUAUUUAUUUAA